AAGACCGCCGGCAGAGGGUGAGAUCUACAAGGUUAGGCGCACCUGUCACACGAGCAACUUGGGACAACCUCCCUGCCAAGCCUUGCACAAAUCAUUCAGCUUCCGACCAUGGCGAGCUAUGUCCUCUCUCCAGCAGCUCACUUCACGCUUCUAGCGCAUGUCGGACUCCAUCCGACAUCGGCCGUCCUAGGCCUAUUGCUCGCAUCAUCGAGCACCUCGAACGAGUCUGUAGAAGUUACACGCGCACUGCCAUUAGUGCAUCACUGGACCGCUCUGACGCCCCAACUUGACGUGUCCAUCGCACUGGCAAUACAGCAUGUCAAAAAGACCGGAUUGAAGAUUGUGGGAUUGUAUGCUGCAAAUGAGGCGACUGGAGAUGAGCUCUCGCCGAUGGUGGAACGCAUAGCAAAAGCCUUGGCUAGCAGUACUCAGCAAGCCGAUGUGCUGGUCGCAGUGCUCAAGCCCAGAGCGCUUCCAUCAAGUGCUCAUCUAACAGGCUACCGAGUAAGCACUUCAAACAGCGGAUCGAAGCAACUGGGCUUGAAUGCAAUCGAUACGGGCGCAGAGACGCGUACAGUGUCGAUUUUGAGGAGGUUACAGGCAGGCACUCAAGAUGCCAAGAUCGCUGCGAGCGACUGGGAUGACCAUCUGGAGGACACGUCGAUUGAUUGGCUGGCGCCUCUUCCUGCAGAAGUGACCGCCGGCUUGUAGACAUUUAGCAGCACAAAGUCACAAGAAGGGAACAUGGCCUCGUGG